AUGAUUAAUCUAUAUAAGAAUAAAAGAGCUACUAUUUCUUUUAUAUUUCUCUACAGAAAUCGUUAUUAUUUCCAUGAUAAACCUAUAUCAAAGCUAUUACAUGCUCCAGUGACAUUUAUUUCUGAUUUUUUAUCUCCAACAAUAGGACGUCAAUUGAAUUUUACAUUAUCUUCAUACUUUAAAAAUGGUCUAGAUUUCUCUAGGUUUAGGACUGGAAAUGAGCUUCCAGUUGGUUAUCAUUAUCUUUAUUUUCAUAGAUGUCAUUUGGAAGACUCUUUAGCGAAAGAUGGAGGUGAUAUGAUUUACGCACCUUUGAGGAAUUGGAAUAGACGUUUAUGGGCAAAGGGAUCAUUGGAAUAUAUUAAGAAAAAUAUGGAGUAUCCUUUACGUAUGGGAUUUCCAGCUAUUUGUGUUGAAAGACUAGAAAAAGUUGAUUGGAAUGGUCAUAAUGAUGAUAAUAUUUCAGUAUGGACAUGUAAAGAAAUUUCUCCAUUAGAUGACAAGGAAUGUGCAAGGGAUGUAUGUUUGAGGGAGAGGAUAUGUAUUGUAUAUCAAUCUAUUUAUAAAAUGGGUGAAAAAACGAUACAAAUAUCAAAAAAAUCUUGGAUACCCGAUUUUUCACUAUCUAUUACUCCAUCUCAAAUCCUUCUUUUUCGAUAUUCAGCAUUGACUUUUAAUACACAUAAAAUCCAUUAUGAUUAUUCGUAUUUAAAAGAAGAAAAAUAUGAUAAUUUGUUAGUUCAGGGAUCUUUAAGUGUUAUUUUUCUUUUAGAAUUAUUACAACAGAAUGUUUCCUCGGAUUUGCGUUUAAAAUGUUUCUAUUAUAAAAUACAAAGUCCACUUUAUGCUAACUUUUCUUAUAAAUUUUGUGGAAAGAGAUUAAAAGAACUUAAUGGUAUCCAAUAUGCUUUGUGGGUAGAAUCUGAUAAGUUAUUGCAUAUGAAAGGAACAGCUGAAAUGUGGUAA